AUGGAACGACUAGUACCGAACGACGGCGUACUACGGCUGUCAUCGAGGUCACAACGUAUACCACCAGGAUCAUUUGAUCUCAAUACGGUAUGGAAACUUGCAGUUAUCAUUCUUUUCUCUAGCAUGGUGUACAAGAUUAUCCUCUCGCCCAGCAAGCAGAGACACUUCCCAACUUGGGCAGCACUCGAGUACACCUUGUUGACGCGCGUUUUCGGAGCUACCGACACGCCUGACCUGAAGACAAAGCUCGAUAACUCAUGGAAAGACCUGUUUAGACCUAUCGAGCAAAUGUUUCUGAGUGACGGCGGCGCAACAGCAGCCAUAGCAAAGGCCAAUGUGUUGUCCUCUGCAUCCUCUUUUGUCACAUUUGCUACCAACACAACGCACAUGCAACGCUGGGAGCUAUCUGCUGGUCUUCGAAUUGUCACACCUGACUCACCCAAUCAGUCAGGAGUAGUCGAGGCCAGCUUCCAAAGCAUUGUACGAGAUUUUGGUGCUUGUAUCACUAUUCCCCUGCUCUAUGGGAACGACUUUCUAGAUCGCUCCCCGCAGCUUCUGGCCGAUUUUUGGGAAUUUGACAAUUACAUUUUCCCGCUCAUGAUGAUAGGCAUCCCAUCAUGGGCCCCAUUUAAGACAAUCAAGAAUGGCAUAGCAGCUCGAACACGCGUGGCCGAUGCAAUAGAGGCUCUUUAUCAACGUAUCGACCAAUACCAACGAGGGCAGCCCAUCAACUACAACGCUGACAUGUCGGAUAUCAGUACUGCCGCACUCGAACGGAGUAAGGUCUAUGUACGGGAAGAUUGGACGUUUCGACAACGUGGACAGGGUGAUUUUGCCAUUCUGUUUGGUCAGAACGCCAACACUCAUCCAAUGCUUUUCUGGUUCUUAACCUACGUCUACUCUACUCCAGGCCUUCUGCAACAGCUCCGCGAGGAAACAGCACCUUACGUCAAAGUUUCCCAGUCAAGCCCUCCGCCAGACUCAUCGAUGGAUGUUACAGCUUUGAGCCGCAAUUGCCCCUUAAUGAAGUCUUGUAUCUUCGAAACCUACCGACUGGCCACUGACGCAGCAUCUAUCCGAUAUGUCGCACGCCCUAUUACUAUCAAAGACGGCGUGUACCAGCAUGAGCUCAAACCAGGCAUGUACAUAUCUGUAGCACACUCCGUGAAUCAACGAGACCCGUCAAUAUAUCAAAAUCCAGAUAAGUUCACCCCCGAUCGCUUCCUACAGGUCGAUCCAAAGACAGGUAAACCAGUCGCCCGACGUGGAGCCUUGAGACCCUGGGGUGCGGGCGCCGCUAUGUGCAAGGGGCGAACGUUUGCAGAGAAGGAAAUCAUAGCGUUGGGUACAGCUAUCUUCAGCCUCUGGAAUAUCACGCCGGCGAGUGGCACGUGGAAGUUGCCUGCUAUGGUGCCUGGGACUGGGGUGAAGAAACCUGUCGAGGACAUACGUGUGCGAAUCACGCGGAGGAUUUUGCCAUGA